GGCGGCGGCCGUGGCCGCGGCCCGGAGAGGGUCAGCACAGCCGCCGAGAUGCCGAAGAGCCCGCCGCCCGCGCGAGGUGUAGACGGGGCACUGCCUGCAGAGCAGGUCCUGCCAGCCUCGCCAGAGAGGAUGCCCCCGUGUCCGUGAUGGGCUGUGGGACAAGCAAGGUCCUUCCUGAGCCGCCCAAGGAUGUCCAGCUGGAUCUGGUCAAGAAGGUGGAACCCUUCAGUGGCACAAAGAGUGAUGUGUACAAGCACUUCAUCACGGAGGUGGACAGUGUUGGCCCUCUCAAGGCGGGGUUCCCAGCUGCCAGUCAGUUUGCAACCCCCUGUCCUGGUCCCCCCACUACCGGCCACACAGAGCCUCCUUCAGAACCACCACGCAGGGCCAGGGUGGCUAAGUACAGGGCCAAGUUCGACCCCCGUGUGACAGCCAAGUAUGACAUCAAAGCCCUGAUUGGCCGAGGCAGUUUCAGCAGAGUGGUCCGCGUGGAGCACCGGGCAACCCGGCAGCCAUAUGCCAUCAAGAUGAUCGAGACCAAGUACCGGGAGGGACGGGAGGUGUGUGAGUCCGAGCUGCGUGUGCUGCGCCGGGUUCGCCACGCCAACAUUAUCCAGUUGGUGGAGGUGUUUGAGACACAGGAGCGCGUGUACAUGGUGAUGGAGCUGGCCACUGGUGGAGAGCUCUUCGACCGCAUCAUCGCCAAGGGUUCUUUCACUGAGCGUGAUGCCACGCGGGUGCUGCAGAUGGUGCUGGACGGCGUCCGGUAUCUGCACGCACUGGGCAUCACACACCGAGACCUCAAGCCUGAGAAUCUCCUCUACUACCACCCAGGCACUGACUCCAAGAUCAUUAUCACUGACUUCGGCUUGGCCAGUGCCCGCAAGAAGGGUGACGACUGCCUGAUGAAGACCACCUGUGGCACGCCCGAGUACAUCGCCCCCGAGGUGCUGGUCCGCAAGCCCUACACCAACUCAGUCGAUAUGUGGGCGCUGGGCGUCAUUGCCUACAUCCUGCUCAGUGGCACCAUGCCCUUCGAGGACGACAACCGUACCCGGCUGUACCGGCAGAUCCUCAGGGGCAAGUACAGUUACUCGGGGGAGAUUCAACCGACAAUGUCCUUGGAUCCACUGGUAGGCCUGAUGCCUGAAAAAAUCGGUGAGGUUUUAGCACUGCUGGGAGCUGAAUGAAGGAAGGUGCAGAAAAAGAGCUGCUUGGUCCUUCGGCAGGAUGCUCCUGGGAUAGGUGAGGAGGCUGACUGGGGGAGGCAGCGAGUGCUGCAUGCUAGAGCUUCACUGUGCUGGGCAGCCUGUGAAGAAAAGAAUGUGUGACGUGUUAUGUGGGAGGGGAGUGGAGUGGAGCUUUGCUGGCCACAGGAUUCUGAUAAGACCAUUUCCCUAAGUGCACCCAAGGGCUGCUCCCCAGCAUUCCCCUCAGACCUGGGCCUGCCAAGGCACUGUCCUUGUCUCCUGAACAAACUACAUGGAGGUGAGGGAGGUCUGGGACCUGUUCCCUGUGUGGCCCAGAUUUUCUCCCAGGCACUUGGGGCCCUCUCUAGCCCCAGUCAGCUGGCCCAGGAGUUACCCACAAGCCUCACACCAACUUGCCUUUAGCGCUCAAGGUGCUGCUGGGCUCCGUCACUCCCUGUCAGCUUCUAGACACAGUCUGAGAUCAGUCCAGGUCUUCCUUUCUGUGUGAAUGGGGGCUGGCACUCCUUAGUGGAUCCCCAGGUCAUGUGUCUCAAGGGUGGUAUGAGGAAGGGAGAGAAGCCUUCUGCUUCAGGCUAGCUCUCUCGUCAGCAUUAGGUGAAGGAGAAACUGGGACGUGCUCCUGCUUGUCCUGAAGUUUCUCAUGUUUUCUUGCUCUAAAUGGAUUCAUCAAAACAAAAGCUGACUGUCCAGGACGCCCUGACGUUGGUGGGUCAGUCAUAGUCACGUCCUGCUCAUCCUCUGGGCUGGGUGUCUUCAGAAUCCACGUGUUCAGAAGACCCAGAAUCUACCAAAGGCAGUGUUACGCCGAGGCUUUGCCUGACUUGCUGUGUUCUGGGAGCUUCAGCCCCAGAAGCUCUGUGGGGUGACAGGCUGUUGAGAGUCCAGCUGGCAAAAGGAAUAGCAUGCUUAGCUACAGGAGGGUGGGGGUUUCCCAAAAAGUGCUGACAAAGGAAAGCCUUUCCAGAAGUCCAUAGAUUCACCCAAGAGUUCCUGAUUCUGGCAAUUGUUGAUCAGGCAGUUUAUCUCAUUGGAGCUUGCAGAGUCUUAAUUAACUGGCUAUUGAUUAUCUGUGGCUGGAGGAUGACAAAUGAAUGGGGUGGAAAUGGACUCAGGCUUCCUGUUCCUGAUGUAGCCACAAGACUGGGUCCUGAGAUGCUGCCUGCUGCUUUGCUGGAGUCACCAGGCACGGAUCUGGGACUCUCAGUGGUGAAAGUCCACUCUCCAGCCUUUGGCUCCACUAGCCUUCAUCUGAAACUAGGAGUAACAGUUUCCAGUUCCAGAAUCAGAUCCCUGGCCAGGCCUGAGAGCUCCUGUCUGUUACCAGGAGUUUGGCUAACUGAGAACAGAUUCCACCACUGUGUGCAGAAAUUCCUUCCGCAAGGUUUGAGGUGUGCAUUCCUCACCUGACAGUGAGUCCCGUGGCACAUUUCCUGCAUCUACCCUCUGGUAAUGAUGUCCCCUUCUCCAGGCCCCGGCCAAUAUGCUUAUGCCCCCUGGCAGCACCCUGCCAGACUGGUUUCUGCAAGCUGGAAUAGAGAAUUUCCUGCAGGAGGUGAACUUUGAGAAGGAGGUUCAGAGAAGGGGGUGUAGCUGACUGUCCUCCAGAUGAACAGGAGAUUGCUUGGGAGUAGUGCAGCAGACAUUGAUGGGACUGGGGUCAGGCCUAGUGUUUUUUUUGUUUAAAGAUUUAUUUUAUUUAUUUAUGCAAACAAGAGAUGGGGUGCAGGUCAGAGGUGUGGGGGGUGAGAAGAUUCACCAGACACAGAGUGGGGAACAGAACAGUCAGAUUGACUGAAAUACACUGCUGAGGGGAGCAGUGGGUGAGACAGGAGAGGUCUGCUGCACCAUGUGGGUCACCUCCUCUGCUGAACUCGUUCUUGAACUUGUGCUGCAAUGGCUGCGGAUAGCUUCAUGGUGCUGCGUCUUAACCCCUUGUGACACCCGGGUGGCCUCCGUAGUGCUGAAACUUAACCCCUUGCGCCACUGGGGAGACCCUCUGGUGUUUGUUUUGGGGAGCUUUGUAGGACAGGAGGCUACUUAAUGGAUUCCAAAUAAUAGGUGGGAGAGAGUCUCCUAGGUUCUUGAUAGUGUAGGGAUACUAAGUGGGCACAGCGGGAGGAAUUGCAGCCUGAGACGGGGGAGCCUGGCCUCCUGGGGAUGUUUGGGGCAGCCCCAAUCAUCUGUAGGGCUUCUAGAGAAUAGACUUCAAAUGGUGUGUGUGAGCCAUAAUAUAAGAAGAUAAGGAGUGUGGGGCAGAGCCCCUGUGGCGGUGUUAAAGGAGCGCCUGCUGUUCAGAACAGAUGAGGAGAGGCUCGCAGGCUUCGCUCUCGCCUGGAGGACAUGUAGGGCCCCGCAGCCCCAGCUGGGACCCAGUGGUGGAGGGAAGCACAGCAAGUGGGCCCUCCUGCAGCACCCUGAUACUCCAGAUACUCUAGUCCCCAGCUCUGGCUUCGCACUGCAUCCCAUUCCUCACGCACUGUGGGCCCGAGGCAGUUGCUCUGGUCACCUCCUCACUAAGCUUUCGCUCGGGCUUUCCCUCCGCUGCCAUGGUCAGCCUUAACAUUCUGAUCAGCUGUAAAAAGUCCCGUUCAGAGAUCGCGUCCUUUAGGAAUAAUGCUGUUCUUUGCUGUUGCAUAGUGCCUGCUGAGUGCCAGGGACGGGCUGAGGGUUCUACACCCAACCUGUGUAACCUCCACAACAUUCCUGCCAGGUGGGAGUCAUAUCCCCACUUUACAGAUGAGGAGACCGGGGCUAGUAAGGUUAAGUAGCUUGUCCCUGGUCGCACAGCUGGAGGGUGACAGGCCUGGGGUUUGAAUCAGGCCAUCUUGGCUUCAGAGUUCUUGGCUCUUCCGUCCGCACAGUCUGCUUCCCUGACACACACGCCUCAGCAUGUUGCUGGAGUCUCUGUUUCAGUUUUCUCGGACUGGUGUCUGUGGGCAUUUUUUCUUCCGCAGAUGAUAAGAUCCUUGAGGCCAGCAUUUAUGUCAAUAUCUGUGCUCUCAGUGCUUUCUCUGAGGGUGCCCCAGCAGUUGCUGGUGAUACCCUGAGAAAUGCCCAAAGGUGACUGCUGCCAGGCAGGCUGGCUGCCCCUGCUGGUCGGGAGUGCUUUCUUCUUGAUGUAGGACCCAAGGAAGUGGCUAGCCCACUAGAGAUGCACUUAUGAGGCUGCUGGUCAGAUCUACUUAUUAGCAAGUAUAGGAAUCUUGGCAGAAAAGGGGAUGCUGGGAGGAGAAGGCCGUGCCAGAUGAUUUUGGGAGAUGAAACCUGAAUUUUUGCUCAGUGGCCAGAAGUACCAGAAUGGAAAAGGCCACGCUAGGGUCACGUUGGAAGCGAUGAGGGAAUCCAUUUGGCCAGCUGUGAGGACAGCCUCUGUGAGUGGGAGAGCAGUUUGAAGACACAAAGAGCCACCUUGAGAGGGAGCUUCCUGCCAAGGGAGGCCCCAGGAGGGCUGGAGCUUUCUUUCGAAAGGAGUGACUCAGAGGGUGAGUCACCAUCUGCAGACCCGUACUCGGGGACUGUUAGGGUCCCACUAGCUGGGAGAUGCUGUGAUUCAUUUGACAUGAAAUGUGAUGUUGCUGGCCUAAUGUCACUGCUUUUGUCAAGAGUUCUAUUCCUAGCAGCAGGAUGGAUGAAGAGGCUCUUGUAGGAUUGAUGGCAGAAUGAUGCCAUCAGCAGCUCUGUGUCUGCCGCGUUUAGCAACCUUUAAUUGUCACCCUCCUCUGCUUGGGCAGUCUCUGAGCUGUGGGCGAGUCCAGGUGACUGCACCAGGAACAGGUGGGCUUGGGAAAAGGUUGUCACAGAGCAUUCACUGUUCAGGAGACUGAUGCUGCCGGGCAGGGGACAGAAUCCUGGCGGAGAGGAAGUCUAUUUAGGGUCCAUCUGCCGCUAACUAGGGGAUUGUGUUCAUGGGAGACGGCUUGCCAGGCCUGGGACUCUGGACUGUGGGCUGAGCAACCAUUCACUCGGGGCCUGUGGCCUCACCCCAGACUAGUGAGUUGGACCCUUUUGUAUUUCCAAAAGCCCUGCAGAGUCCCCAGAGCCAGAGCUGGCAUUUACAUUCCCAUGUCACUGCUCCCCAAUUUCUUUUUUUUUUAAGAUGUAUUUAUUUAUGCAUACAAGAACUGGGGUGUAAAACAGAGGUGCAGGGUGUGGAAUAAGAGGGUCACAAGAGAGAGUGGGGAGCAGAACAGGCAGAUGUACUGAAAUACACUGCUGAGGGGAGCAGCGGGCGAGACAGGAGAGGUCUGCUGCGCCAUGUGGGUUAGUUCCUGGGGGAUCAAACUCAUGCUGUAGCUUGAUAGCACUGUCUUUAAUGCCUGUGCACCAGGGAGGCCCACCCCCAAUUCUUAAAGUACCUCUCACACUUGCCGUUUUGCCCUAGGGUAGUGAAGAUAAAACGAGGCAGAGGAGGUGGCAUGUCCUGGUGCUCUCCAGGGGAAGGGCGUCAGUGCUGUGGGAGCUGGUUACGCAGCCUGCUUCAUAUCCUCUGACGGAGCCGCUGAGAAAGCCCCUGAAAGGCCAGGAGUCAUGGGGCGACUGCCUGGGGGCUGGAAACUGCUGGGGUGUCAGGCACAGAGUGGAAGGCAGGUGGCAAGCUUCCCAACUUGUGCAUGGAGUCUGCUGGAUGCUUUUGAUUGCUCCUUCCCCAUCUCCCGUGUGGCUGGAAUCUGAUGGCCCGCACCGCACCACUCUUCUCUCGCGGCCUCUGCCCCCAGAGCCGCGGAUGGCUUUUCUUUGUCUGCCCCAACAGCUGACAGCACAAGAAAACACACACUGAUUUAGAAUCCUUUGCUGUGAGUCAUCCCUAACCCUUCCUCCUGGCCUGCCUGAGGUGCCUUUGGCUGUCAGAUGCUGGAUGAUGGUGUGGGGCUCUGUGCCAGGACCCAUGAGGACAAGCAGAUGCCCCCAACCUGUCCAGGAAGGAUUGCUCUGGAAGGGCCAUUCCUGCCUCACCAAAAUUCCUGCUAUACAGUAGAUGUUAACCAGGUGAUUCUCCCUCCUGCACUGUGGGAACAGACACUGUAGUGGGAUCCCUGACUGGCUGUUAGGAGGUGGUGUGGCGGUGUGGUCCAGGGGGUUGGACAGGAGAUACUCUUUGGUCCUGGGUGCUGCUGACCUCCUCCGGGUUAGAACUUCCUAGAGAAGGGCAGGGGGCCACUCUCAUUGGGUUCUGAAUGGAGAGGGAUAGCCGCCCCUUCACGUGCCACCUCCGUGCUGCCACUUUGCUCCCAGAGUCCUGCCCUCCAGUGCGGCUGCCCUGGUUACACACUCCCCAGAGAGCAGUGCCUUCCUGUGGUGGCAGAAACAGAUGCUCACGGCUCCCCACAUUGCUGAGCUGCCAUUCCUAUGCAAGCUCCUUGCCCUGACCACCCUCAGCACUCCCUAACCCGGGCUUAGAGCCUCUUUGGUCACUGCUGUCUCCCACGCCCAGCCCUUCUCAGGCCUCUCCAACAAAGGGGUGAAUCUGGCUUGUGUGCUGAGUGGUUACUGGUGCACCCUUGUCCACCCCCACUCCCCCCACUCUUGCUCUUUGCAUUGUCUCCAGCUGGGUAGCAUUGCCUUCUCACUGGGCCUGUUGCUUCCUCACGUCCUCUGGGAGCCUGGGAGCGUUGUCUCUCGCGCACAUUCCUUUAAAUCUGCUGCUGGCCUCCCACGCCCAUCCCCUCCCACUGCCAGUGAGGGGACGCGUCUCUCCACUCAGGUGGAUGGGACGGUGAGAGGGGACCUGGUGACAGGGGACCAGUCACCCUCCUCUGACCCUGCCUCUCCAGGCUCUCCUUCCCAGAGCACAGCCAGUUCUGUCCUUGCCGCGCCCCCGCUUCUCCUCUGUGCCUGCGGGCCUCGGCGUCUCCCUCUCCCUGUGCAAGUGUGGUGUCCAGUGUGGCUGGACUGCUGGGAGCAGAGGGUGUCAUCGCCUUUGCCUCUCUACUCAUCCUGCCAUCCCGUGUUGACAGGUGCCUGCGCCAAGUCCUGUGUACCCCGCGGCACCGACCUCUGAGGACGAGGCCACAGUGUGGGCGACAUGCUCACAGCCACCAGGGCUCCUGACUCUUUCGGUUAGAAUGGAAGGACGUUUUUAAAAAAGCCAAACUGGGCCCUGGAAUCCAACUAAUAUCGGCAGCGGAGCUGGGAGAAACCACACGCAGCAGGCUUCUAAAUCCAGAGCCUUCCAGGGCUGCCCCAGGACAUUGUUUUUUUUUUUUCUUUCUUUUUUUUUUUUUUUUUAAAGAUUUAUUUAUACAAGAACUGGGGUACAGACCAGAAGUGUGUGUGUGUGGGGGGUGAUAGAAUUCACCAGAGAUAGAGCAGGGAGCAGAACAGGGAGAUGGACCGAAGACACUGCUGAGGGGAGCAGCGGGCGAGGCAGGAGAGGUCUGCCACGCCAUGUGGGACUCUCCCUGGCGGGCCGGGAAUCGAACCUGCACUGCAGAGGCUGCGGACAGCUUCACAGAGCAGCGCUCAACCCGCUGCGCCACCGGGGAGGCCCCUGCCCCAGGACAUUGUUAAAAGCAGGACAUGCCAGCAUCCCUGUUUGCACAGCAAGCACUCAGCAUCCUUCCUGAUUCCUGGGUGGUGCCUUACCCCCAACCCCGGCCCUGUCCUUCAUUUUGUGGCUGCGGGGCAGGCACAGAUGGGGUUGCAGUCUUGCAUUGUUAUUCAUACACGGCUUUCCUAACCUUCGGGUUAUCAUGCCUGUUCUCAGUUUUAUCUUCAUUCUCUGCCUCUUUUUAAAACUCCAUUGUCUUCCUUCUUU